UCAGGGCUAAUCGGGGAAAAAUGGCUACCAAGCGCUCGAAGUCUUCUUGCUGCGAGUACGAGUUCACAGACUCCCUGUGCCGCCUGGGGGAGGUUCUCCUGGCGUUCUCCAGCGGCGUUCUGACGAUGGUGACGUUCGGGACGCCGUAUUGGAUGGUGAGAGAGCCGCAGACGAGCAAUGACGCCGACGAGGUGUCCUACCACCUCGGUCUGUGGCAGAACUGCACCGUGCUGGACACCAAAGUCUGCACCGGGCUCCCUCUUAGAGGCGACUCCGUUCCGACUUAUCUAAUGAUAACGCGAGUAUUCAUGUCCGCUGCACUGGCCGCUGGACUCAUUUCCUGGCUCAUCUGUGUACUGGCUCUAAUGCAGCACAAAUCCCUGUGGCUCUUCCUUUCGGCCAUUGCCUACACCGUCCAAGGUACCACUUACAUGUACCUCGGUCAGGUUGAAUUGCGUUACGUACAGAUCUGGGAGAGAAAAUACCAUGACCAAUGGUUUUCUCUAAUGUUGGGACUAUCCUCGUUCACCCGUGCCUACCACGACACAAAGGACGCCCAUGCCAGCUGGUCCUACACUCUGGGCUGGGUCUCCUUCCUCUUCUCCCUCGUCUGCGCCACUUACUUCAUCCUCAUCGCAGUCUGGCGCAUGCGGAGGCCGCGCGCCGCUAAAGUGAUCCAGAGCUCCCAGCAAAGCUCCUACACUCCGUUGGCGCAGUUUGAAGAAUCCUCCGACAGCUCCUCGGAGAAUGACGAGAAACUAUAAAUAGAUACAUUACAUCAUCCCCAUCGGUGUCAGUGUCUGUUACUAAAAAUAUCACCUCUCAUCCUUUGUUCCCAAAUAUACCCUGUGCAACGAUUAUUGUGUUUUUUUCCAUUGUCAGUUUUAUACAGAGUGCAAAAAUGAAAUGCAGUGUGCCAUAGUAUUUUAUGUAAACCACACCCACUAAUCAUAAGGGUUCAUUGAGUCGUCUGAAGAAGUGUCUGUGUCUUUGGAGCUCUGUUGGUGGGUGUGGCUUCCUGGUGACUGUUGUGAGGAGUGCAGGUGGUGAGGUUGGUGAUUGGCACCGGACUGUUUCUGCUGCUCUAAAGACAGGCCCUGGAACCUAUUGUGUCUGUACUCCACUUCCUCUCUGUUACUGAGAUCAGAAAGAAGAGAGAAAAAAGGCAAAAGGGCUU